ACUGAAUGGGUUUAAGUGCUUGUUGUUGAGUUACGGUUACAUGUUGCAUUUUCAAUUGCGUCAACAUUUACAUCAUGAGGAACAGCGUCCCGGGCAGGCCCACUCAUUUGUCAAGAUUUGAAGUGAAUCUUAAAGAAAAUGAGGUUAUUAAGUGACAGUUAAUUGAACUUUAUACAGAAAGAAAUAAAAAAAUUAAGACAGGAAGUGGAUGAAAUGCGAAUGAGAUCUAAUGAGUUAAUGUUAGAAAACAACCAAUUUUCUACUGAUGAAAAUCUCAAAAUCAUUAAAAACCUUGAGCAACAGUUAGAUUCUUUAAAGGAAGAACUAAAAUAUGAAUCAGUCCUUCGUUCAAGGAUUGAAGAAGAGUUGAGUUGUGCAUUAAGUGAGCUGAGGUUUUACCGAACAUCUACAGUAGCUGAUAUUGCUCACCAGGAAGAAAGCGAGGUUGAGUCUCAGUGUGAAAGUUUUACAAUCAACGUUUUGAAUGAACUGAGAGCACAAAUAUAUUCAAAUUUAUCAUCAUUCACCGAACAAAACAUAAAGCAAUUGACUUUGAAGAAAGGACGUUACAAUGAACUGAUUGGUUUUGGAAAGUUACGAGAGACAGCUAAUGAAUUCAAAAGAGAAUUGAUUGAGAUUUGUAGACGUAAAGAAAGUGCUAUUAAAUCACUCAGUGAAUUGCAACACAAGUAUUCUAUACUUCAAAGACAAUACAAUGGAUCCACUCAACUAACUGAGGAUGCAUUACAUAAGGUUGCAGAAUUAAUAUCUUUAAGUCAAACACUAACUUAUGAGCGUGAUGAUGCAAUACAAAGAAGAGAAAAUGCAGAAAAUGAACUUUCACAACUCCAACUUGUUAUCAAUAAAUUAACUGAAGAAUCUGGUCAACGUACAAGGGAAGAAAUAGAUAAAAUAGAAAAGAAAACCAAUGAAAAUAUUGAGAAUUUACUAAAUGAACUGCACCACAUGGAGAAGGAACGCUGUCAAUUGGCCAUUCAAUUAGAAUUUUACAAAACAAACAACCUUGGUCAUCAUAUCAAUGAUGUAAAUAAUGAAGGUGAGUCUAUUCUUAAUGUAAAUACUACGUCAGGCCAUAUAAAACCGGAUUGUCAGUUGGAUACUUUUAGAAAACGUGCCAUACAUGCUGAAAGUUUAUGCGAUGAAUUAAAGUUAAGAUUGGAAACUGAAUGUAACAACAAAGAAAAAUUAGCUGCAUCUAAACAAAUCGAAAUUGAACAAUUAAAUGAAAAGUUAACGUCACAAUGGAGAAAGGAAGCAGAAGAACUAGCUAAUCAAGUGGAAGAACAAACCAAUGCAUUUAAAACGGAAAUAGAAAAAUAUUGGAGUAAAUGACAAAUGCCUACCAACAACAUGAUGACUCGGCCUUAUUUCAUCAUGCGAUUUACUACGUACCCGAUGAUCAGGAUGAAUGAUAUACUGCCCAAGAGUAAUUUCCUCAAGUACACAAAUAAUAGAGACAUUUCUUACCAGAUAGUAAAGUUGUAGCAAUCCACUUACUGGACACUAAAGACUUGUGUUUGACCUUACUAAUGAUUGUUCAUAUUUUAGUGAUGUUGACAAUAAGAGAGAAUAUAUUGCCACCCCAUUUUUGCUUUCAUGACAACGGAUUUUCUCUUAAAUUACUAAUUUAUUUAAUUACAGAUUGUUGAACAAGUGAAAUACCCAUAUCGCUUAUCUAAGUAUUAUUUUGUCCUAUAUUAAUUGACAAUGGGAUAGAUGCAGAGUAGAAGUUAGUUACAUACGAUCAUUCUCAAACUGAGAAACAGAGUGACAAUGAAUUACUACUUAAGAUUAAUGAAAUGUAUAAAAGAAAACCAGGGAAGGAUUAUUCUCUUCUCUGGUCUUAGUGUACAUACAAUCCCCUCUCAAUAUUUUUUGAAAUAUUUUGUUGACAAUUCCAUCGAAAUAAUGACAAAACCAGUGUUACCAUUAAAGUUUUGAUUCUUAUGUGUACAAUAUAACUGUAACAAAGAUAAUAGAUAGAAUUUUGACGAUAGUUAUGACAAAUAAUCUAGUGACUUGCUAUAUUCACCAGUGGUCUUGAGUGCUGUUAGAGGUAUGAGGGCGGUUAUCACUUCCCGGUUGCCCACACCGUGGAAGGGUUCUGCUGGAAGUGCCUGAAAAGGAAAUUGGAUUAGAGGUGGUCACAGUGACCUGAGAGCGUGACCGCAGUGCCCAAGGGACAGCUGCUUGAGGUCGGUCACACACGACCUUUUUAUGAGUAGUUUUUGUGUCAGCUCCGUACUUGUUGAGACCUUACCGCCGGACGGAUAUCCGUGGGAUAAGGCGAGGUGUGCAUUUUUAGGGUCGACCUUUUCUAACCCCAACCCUCCUUUUGGGAAGGCAGCAUCGCUGUUAUGCUGGUUGUCUGAAGGAAACACCUUACUGCUGUCACACCUGUGUACAGUCAGCAGUACGACUUAGUCUUCGGACCUUGGUUUUGUUGCUUUUAGUCUCACCGCUCUUCAACCGACCUGUCUGGCAUAGUAGGACCUUGAGGAACGGUCGUUCCAGCCAGUAUAGCUCAGUUGCUUCAUCACGAUAGGCAAGCCCGACCACCACGUCAAGGUAGCAACAACGGUCAGGUGCUAUAUUCACUGACAAUCCCUUACCACGUAAAAUUCUAAAAAGUUGGACAACAGGUCAUCUAGUCGUUUUUAUUGAAGCCUUGGUAAGUAGAUGUAGUUUACUUAUCAAAAAAGUUUCUUUAAACUAUACCUAACAAACUAAUGAACUCAACAAACAAACAAAACAGCUCAACUUGAUCUAUAAAGCAAACCGCAACAAUUGUGAAUAUAUCAUUAGGCAAAGUGAUCACCAUCUUGCCUUGCGCUACCAUCAGUUGGCUAUCAAAGAUAACAAAAUAUACCUUUGCUCAUAUCGAUAUACUUGUAACGUGGUCAUGAGUUAGUGAAGAUUGUUUUCCCGACCGCAUCUGAAUUUGAGAAAAUACUAAUGCUACCCUUAUCUCUAUGCUCAAUCCAAACGCAGGUAGUAAGACACUAUGAAUAAAACCUAAGUGUAGAAAGAAGGCCUAAAACACAAGAUAAUAGUGUUUCACUAACCAUGUUUGCAUAAACCAGUACCAGUAGUGAAUGACCAACGAUCAGCAACCGGGUAGAUUAGUGCUUUAUCUUGAUCUCUUUACUGCUAAUAUUUCUCUAAUUUACUCCUACAUCAGUCAAUAUUACUCGUUUUGUUAGGUAACGCCUAACAACGUUAAAAGCGCAUGAGUAUAGACACAACUCCACAUACAUAUACACUGACAUGCCUUUCUUGUACAUAACUUUGAGCACCAAAUUUACAUGGCAUAGACACCGUACAUUAUUUUCUCAUUACUACGAAUAAGAAUAUUGCGGAUAAACACACAUAUGUGCUCAGUUAAAACAUUAUUUUUCGGUAUACGAACUUAAGGCUUGAGAGUUGACAACAAUAUGCAGUUGGUUUGUGAGAAAAUUGAUGAGAUUGAACAUUAUAUGGUUGGACAACUACACAUAUUUAGUAGGUGAUCAUAAUAUGAGGAUAAGUAAUGGAGCAGAAAUAAGCUACUCGCAAAAUAUAAAAUUCUUAUGUGAUUGACUUUUUCACUAUUUAGAACCUUAUUUAUGAAUGGGAUAUGCUAACUACUUUAUAAAAUAAGCCAGUAUUUAAUGGGUAAAACUUUUAUGAACUACUACUACUACUGAAAUGAACCAGUAACAAUACAGGAUUGAGAUGUUUAUAUGAUAUUAAACGCUGAUAUAUCCUUCCAAAUACUUAUAAACGCUGCACGUCAAACAUGAGAGAAGCGGUCAAGUCCACCGAACGCAGCUUUUACUUCGCAAGUUAAAAUGUAGUAAAGCCAUAUAAAUGUAUGCGGUCAACUGAUGUCAGGUCAUAAUACCGUAGGGCUUUCGAAACUUUUCAGGGUUUUCUUAUAGUAUUCUAUUUGUAGCACUGUGUGGUAAUAUGUGAAUGAACAGUGAAAAAAUAUUCGGCUAAUUAUUGACUAACAGCUGAUGGUUUGAUUGUAGCGUUAAUGGAUAGCGUCUCGUAAGGCAUGAUAUAAUAUCUCAAUCGGUGGAAAUAAAACACUUGUUUGUCAUAUACGGUGGGGAGGCUAGAACAGAUAAAAGGGCGCGGACAAGUCACAUAUCCUCGUACGGAAAGUAACAACUGAAUACAUGGAAUUGUGUCUACUUAAUGGGUCACUAAACAUAGAUGCUACAAGACCUAAAAUACUAUGAUCGAACCGUGAACUUAAGCGUUUAAGUUAGUCGUUUUCCAAAAUAUACGAGAUUCACUACAUAAACCCGGAAUCCAAGGGUGACUAACGAUAAUGAUACCUACACUUAGUAUCCGCUACCAAACAUCUGAAGUUUAUUUAUUUAUUUUAACACAUAAGUAUAGGUACAGGGAGGCACCAAAUACAUAUGCGCCACACGAAUCUCAUUUGAUUUGUGUGAGGGCUGUGAUACUGCCCGGGUGCCCAAACCGAAGCAGGUGGUUUUCUUAAGGGGCCACACCCCGAGCCUUCGACCUGGACGUCUGACCCACAAGGCAGUGGAGCAUCGUGAGGAGAUGCAGUCCCAUGGUAGCCGGUGACCAACGAUUGGUUCAUACGCCAUUUGUUCCUUCAGGAUACUGGAGCCCAUGUGCACCAUUGGUUUGGGAUCCGGUUAAAGCGCCGGACAUUCGCUUUUCGUCAUCUCAUUUUCGUAAACAACACCCCCGCCACGUGAAGGCAGUGAGUAGGACUUCCCUGGCAGAGGCUAUAUACGCAUGGCCAUGUGAGAGCAUUUCGAGAGGGAGAGCGGACUCUCCCCACUCUCGGCCGUACCAG